AUGGCAAUAAAUACAGCUCCCAUGAAGAUUGCUACCAAAGUAAGUCGAAAAGUCGCCGAAAGAGUAGACUCUCCUCAAAAUAGGUCGGUAAGAAGACCUACUCUAAAAGAAAUGCAAGAGAAGGAGUACCCCUUCCUCGAAUCCGAUUUACAAGGAAUGUUUGAUGAUCUUUUCAAGGAGAAACUCCUUGAACUUCCCGACAUGAAGCGCCCAGAGGAAGUUGGUCAAGUCAAUGAUUCAAAUUAUUGCUGUUAUCAUCGCUUGAUUGGCCACCCUCUCACUAAAUGCUUUGUCUUUAAAGAUAAAAUUAUGGAAUUGGCCUGUCAAGGAAAAAUCCUUCUUGAGGAGGAUAAAGCAUCGGCAAACCAAACAACAAUAAUGUUUGGAUCUGUGUGUUGCCCGAUAGAAGUUCUACCCACAUCAAGCAGUGCUCUGUCUGUACAAACGGAGUUUGAAAAAUCGUCAAUUGAAGAUGUUGUCAAAGAUGAUAAUGAAGGAUGGACUUUAGUCACUCGAAAGAGAACUUGCAAGCCAAGAAUAAAGAAGUACAUCUUUUCGAAAAGCAUCCAUUCGACAAAGCCAAAAGUAACGAUGAAACGACAAAAUGCAACAAGGAAACAAAAGAGAGUGGCCAUAAAACCAAUUCCUUCAGAUUUUCAGCAGGUUCGGCAGCCCGUGACACUGAGAGAAUUUAUACCCAAGGGGUAUUUAAGUGACGAUACCGAUGAUUUCACUUCUUGUAAUGUCGUCAAAGCCGAAAAUCCUCAAGUCACACAAAUUGGCACUGAAUUUGAGAAAAAACUCAAAGUCGACGAUAAACCACCGGUGAAUUGUGCAGCGACCAUCAUUUUUGAUGAUGAUGAUUUAACUGUUGAGUUCAAGACCCACAAUCGACCUUUGUUUGUUAGUGCAUAUGUUCGAGAAGAAAAGAUGAGUCGGGUACUCAUUGAUGGGGGAUCUGCUGUCAAUAUCAUGUCCGUACGUGCUGUGAAAGAGUUAGGAAUCUCAAGUGAUGAACUCUCCCAGAGCCGCCUCAUGAUCCAAGGAUUUAAUCAAGGGGGGCAAAGAGCAAUUGGCCUCAUAAGGCUUGAAUUGCUUAUUGGUGAGCUGUCUUCAAGUGCGUUAUUUCAUAUUAUUGAAGCCAAAACCUCUUAUAACAUGCUUUUAGGAAGGCCCUGGAUUCACGAGAAUGAAAUUAUACCAUCUACUCUGCAUCAAUGUUUCAAAUAUUGUCGAGACGGUAUUGUUAAGAAAGUUACUGCCGAUGACAAACCUUUCACGGAAGCCGAAACUCACUUUGCCGAUGCCAAAUUUUAUCUUCACAAAGAAGCAAAAAGAAAGGAAUCAAUAAGGGAAGAAAGUCAAGAUUCCAAAGUACCCAUUUUGCGGUAUACUCCAAGAUCAAAGAGAGAAGAAGGUCAGUCUUCUUUUAUCAGAAAUGACACAUUAAAUGUUCCGCUCACCAAGAUAGAGCCUGUUAAAAUUGAGAAAGUGAGCUUGCAAGGGUUUGUUCGUCCCAAAGAAGAACCGGCAGUGAAACAUUACUCGCUACCAACUAAUCGGACUCAAGAAGGUUUUAAUCCAAAUGCCUAUAGACUUCUUGCUAAGGCGGGUUAUAACCCAAAUGAGAAGAAUACAUUGGGCAAACUCCCUCCUGAAGUGACUGGCGAGAGGACUCACGGAUUGACACCUACGCAGAAAAUGUUGAAAGAAAAGGGCUAUAAUGUUGAAAGUUCAUCGAUGGGUCUUGGUUAUCAACCGCCCUCUCCUGUUCGUAUAAUGAUCAAAAGAGCGAGUUGUAACUAUGUGAAUGAAGAAAUGGAGGUCACAAGCCGAAAGAGAUCUGUGUUCGACCGAUUGGGAAAUAAGUCAAAACGUACUUCUGUGUUUGACAGACUUGGCCCGCAGCCGAAAAAUCUGAAGUCGCCCGUCUAUGAGAGAUUAGGCAGUAAGGAACAAGAGUACCAAGUUGCCAGGGAAGAAAAACAGGGUCAAGAAAGUAUGGCUUCCUGUCACCAUAUUACGAUCAGUGAUCUUGAAGAAGAAGAAGAAGACGCAGAUGUCGCUCCCGCUGAACUUGAACAAGGGAUAAAAAAUACGGUCGAUGAGCUAAAAGAGAUUAACCUUGGCACAAGCGACGAUCCUCGCCCAAUUUACAUAAGCUCUUGUAUGACCCCUGAAGAAGAAAAAGAGUAUGUUGAUUUGCUGCUCGAGUUCAGGGACGUCUUUGCCUGGAAUUACUCAGAAAUGCCUGGUUUGGAUCCAAGGGUCGCCGUUCAUAAUUUGUCCGUCAAGCGAGGAACAAAACCUGUCAAGCAAACGCAAAGGCGCUUUCGGCCCGAAUUGAUUCCUCUGAUAGAAAAUGAGAUAAAUCGAUUGAUUGAAGCCGGAUUCAUACGAGAAGUAAAAUAUCCAACAUGGAUUUCAAGUAUCGUCCCUGUAAGGAAGAAGAAUGGGCAAAUUCGAGUUUGUGUUGACUUUCGAGACUUAAACGAGUCUUGCCCCAAAGAUGAUUUUCCUCUCCCCAUCACAGAAUUGACGGUAGAUGCUACAACCGGGCAUGAAGCACUAUCUUUCCUCGAUGGAUCGUCUGGCUACAAUCAAAUACGUAUGGCGCCCGAGGAUGAGGAGCUAACUGCCUUCCGCACCCCCAAGGGAAUUUAUUGCUAUAAAGUAAUGCCGUUUGGCUUGAAAAAUGCUGGAGCGACAUAUCAAAGGGCAAUACAAAGAAUAUUUGAUGAUAUGCUCCAUAGAAAUGUGGAGUGCUACGUUGAUGACCUUGUGGUGAAAUCAAAGAAGCGAGGGGAUCAUAUUCAAGACCUUCGAAGAGUUUUCCAACGCCUUCGGAGAUACCAAUUAAAGAUGAAUCCUUUGAAGUGGGCAUUCGGAGUCACUUCUGGCAAAUUUCUUGGUUUCAUCGUUCAUCAGCGGGGAAUAGAAGUCGAUCGAUCUAAAAUUGAUGCCAUUGUGAACAUGCCUGAACCGCGAAAUAUUCAUGAAUUGAAGAGCCUUCAAGGGAAGUUGGCAUAUAUCCGGAGGUUUAUCUCUAAUUUGGCCGGACGAUGCCAACCCUUCAGUCGACUGAUGAAGAAAGGGGUGCCCUUCGAGUAG